AUGGCCUUUGAAAAUUUGCAGCCUUUAACCUACGCGGUGAUAUCCGUAGCGUUUGCUAUCGGAUGUUCAUCGAUUUUUCUGCGCAUAUACUGUCGAAUACGACUGAUGACAUGGGGUUGGGAUGAUGCGGUUGCUUUAUUUUUGCUGUUGAUAAAUGCAUUUCAGCAAGCGAUUAUGUACAUUUUUCUAUAUUAUGGAUGUGGAUUACAUCGCAAUGAGCUCUCAGAGAGGCAACUAUCGAGUUUAGCCACGUGGCUUUUCAUCGAGGAAAUCUUCUACAUGUUCGUGCACUGGACAAUUAAACAAGCGUUUCUGCUAUUCUACCUUCGACUCUCGAUCGACAUAUCUUUCCGGCGAAUGGUAUAUGGGACGAUGGUGCUAAACACGAUGGUCCUGAUUACGAACUGGCUUCUGGCAUUCUUACAAUGCGAUCCGUUCCAAGCGCUGUUCAAUCGCGCCGCAUAUCCAUACGCGAAAUGCCUUGACCCUUAUAUCGUGAAUAUGCUUCCGAUUGGUUUGAAUAUCAUGACGGAUUUGAUAAUUCUCUUCCUUCCAAUCCCGAUGGUCCUCUCCUUGAACAUGAGCAAGAAACAAAAAGUAUCCGUGCUGGCGGUCAUCUGCUUCGGCGCGACAGCCGUCAUGACCGCCUUUUUCCGCUUCUACAUCCAGAAAGAAAUGAUCGAUGGGGGCGAUAUAUCAUACACCCUCGCAAAGAUGGUCAUCGUCACGAUAAUCGAGAUCCAGAGUGCCACUGUGGCUGUGAAUCUGCCGGCUCUCAAGGCGCUCUUCACAAAGUUCAAGAGAGACUCGCAGCAGAGGAAAUCGAAAUCCAGUAGCGUAUAUCCGUUUGGGUAUAAGACGUCGUCGCUACAUCCCAGCCGUUGUCCGAGUCAGGGUGGUAGCUCGUAUAUGACACAUUCACGAGAUGCAAGCGAUGCUGGUAAAUCUGACCUCGAAUGGUGGCAGGUUGACUUGAAGACGGAGCAGCAGGAGGGGAAUUGGAUAUGA